CCCUCAAAUUCACCCCUGACUUAAAUCCUACCCCCGAAACCACCAUAAACCACCACAGCCGCCGAGAACCCUUCUCUUACCGCCGAAAACCCUUGAAACCUCCAUCCAAGCACCGAAAAACACCACACAACCUCCCUAACCACCCCGAAAGACCCUACCUUACCUCCAUAACCACCCGAAAUCUCCCUUUAUUUAACACCUUAGAAACCGCCGAAACCCUCAACGGCCCACAGUUUCCCUGGUGGGAAGAUGUCGGCUGACCGUUUUCGGAGGCUAAGGAGGGCAGCCUACCGGUUUUGGUGGUGGAUGGGGUAAAGGCUAGGGUUUCACGGUGUUAGGUUGGUGGCUAGAGUUUUUUUUUUUUUGUAUUUUUUUUAGAAAAUGAAAUGCACCAAUUAAAAUUUGACACGUGGCAUACAACCUACUAAAUUCGGUCACCAACAGGUCAAAGUUCAUUAAAAGAAGAUGACGUACAAAGGUGGCUUUGCCUCGUAAAUAUCAAAAGGUGGGUUUGUUAUUUUCACUUUUUCAGUUCGGGCAAAGGUGAGAUUAUUUAUUUCCAUUUUUCAAAAAAAAAAGGGUCACUUUAGUACGAAAAAAUGUCACUUUUCGUAAGAUGUUCGAUGUACAAUAAAAUUAUUGUAAAACGAGGGCAUACAAAAGUUUUUGGAAUGUAAUUUAGGGAUAAAGGGAGUAUUGUAGUUUCAAGACACUAAACAUAAACUAAAAAACAAAAAUACAAAAAAAAUGAAAACGAUUCAGGCAUCUCCUUUGAUGCGCGCGCUGUCUCUUUCUUCUGGUAUUCGAUGGCUUCCAUCUUCAACAUUGUGCUCUACUUUUCAUCCUCCCAUACUAUGUCUCAGAAGAUUUACCCUACAAAAUCAUGGGAGAAAGGAAUAUACUUUGUUUUAACUAUUACCUUAUUCUUCAACAAUGGCUUUCAACACCCAUAUUUUGAGGGUUUCUAACCGAGAUGUUUGCUGUACCACCAAAUGGAUUCAUGACCGAGGAGAACUUAGUUGGAAAAAGACACUGUAUUCUUGUUGCUGGUUCAAAUCCCUUUCCAUUACCAGUACCAGUUUAUAGACCAAAUUUUGAUAACUGUGGAGAUCCGUCACCUUGUCAUGAUGCUGAGACGGUUGCUGGGUGGUUUGGAAAAUGCUCUGUUUCUCUCUCAGUCAUUUGUCCACGGAAGUUACCCAAAAUAAGGGCACUCUAUGAAGCGGGAAAACGCAACCCUUAUUCAGAAGACCCACCUGUUCGGAAUCAGCAUCAUAAUUACCUUGUUCUGAUAUCGGAGGAUUUUAAAGAGGCUCAAGAUGCUUUAAAUUUGACAAUGUUGGUAGUAAAACAGGAACCUUUAUCAAGUUCGCAUCCUGAGGCAGGGGCAUUUACUACUAAUCCAUCAGGAACUUCAAAUGUCAAGGACACUGAAGUGAAUUCCAGUUUAGCAACUGAAAUUGAAACCAAUGUCUCCUCUAUUGACCUUGUACAUACUUCAAGCAAUUUUCAAGGAAAUACUAAUAUUGAAAUGGGACAGAUGAACUCUAACAUGAAUCUAGUAAAUGCUCAACAUGAAGGCAGUUUGGGUAUGAAUUUGGAUACAACAAUGAGCCAUAGCUCAACAGAUCUAGCAUAUAGCUCUGAAUCCUCCGUGCUGGGAAUGCCUGCACCUAGCAUUCCUACGAUUCAUGGAUUUCCUGGUUAUUCAAUGGAUAAUUCCAAAUAUAAAAUGGCGUGGGAGGGAAAUUUGUUCUGUUUAAGAGAUGGGCAUGCUGUCUUUAUUACUAGAUUGAAGGCAUACAUUAAUUCGGGUCUUGCAGCGGCUGUUGUUGGUUGGCCGUACUCCAUAACAAUGACUCGGUUGAUUACACAGGCUCGCGUAAAUCAUGAGUACAAUGUUGGGAAAGCAGUUCUUCUGGCUUUCAAUGUGAUGGAACCACACGAUUUUAUCAGGAUGAUGCUUACUAAAAAGCUUUCUGCAGUUAUCAACCUUUCAACUCAGAUACUUGUACUAACUGUUUCUGAGCAACCAACACACAUCAUUGGAAUGCUUUUUCCCCUGGGUGUUGAUACCUCAAGUCCGUCACUAACUGCACCAAGAGCAGAGGCUGCUGCUCCUCCUCCUCAGAGACAGCGGGGCUAGCAGUCUUAUUAGAUCAGCUACUACACCCAAAAGUUUGAAUAAUGAACUCAUUUUUAUUCAUAUAUGAGAAUAAUAUUACCUAUAGGUGAACUUUUUUAAAAACUGUUUUUCUCUUCUAUGACUUGACAUAAAUUUACAUGAUUUCAUAUUAUGGCAUCAAUUAUAGACACUGGAUUUUGACAUUUUGUAGUCA